AUGAUGGAGAAUGGGAAGAUUGACCACAUUCGCAUAAGCUUUUCGGCCUAUGAUGUGGACGUCAUCAAUGUCUAUCAGAAGGCACUUUCCUUUCGAGACAUUGACGCCCACUAUGACCAUGGGCUUUGUGUUCUGAACUCAUGGAGAAGUGCUCAGCACACGUUCACCCAUCUUGGCAAGCGCACUCGCAUUGAUUACAUUUGCACGAGAUUGAUGCAUGCCAAUGGUCCUUCCAAGUUGGCCAGUCCACACCAUGCCUGCACACUGACGGCGUGGAAGGACACGCGUCACUUCCCUGUUCUGGCGUGGAUCUCAUGCCGCAAAAGUCACAUCAAAUCUGCAGAGGCUAAGCAGCCCAUCUAUGAUCGGCAUGGCAUGACGUUAGGUCUUCAGGACCCGAAACAAGUGGAGGCAGCGAACCAAAAGCUGACUUCUAUCAUAGGCAACCCUUCCGCCAAUUAUGCUGACAUACCGCAGGCCAUGCACCAAGUGGCUGCUCAUCUUUACCCAAAGACCCGUGGACAAUGCCCGGCCCUCAAGACUGCGGGAUGGAGGGACUCAGGGAUUCAACUUAGCAUAAGGACCAUGUGGCAGGCCUAUAAGACUAGCAAAGGCAUCACGACACUUCCUGCCUGGCAGAUCACGCGACAGCAAAAGCUACGCUUGCCAUGGCAAGCCUUCCUCCUGAGACGUCUCGUCCUGAGAUGGAGGGCCAGCGCCUUCUACAUGACCUGUCGUAAACAAACACAGGCACAUGGACGGAGAAUUAAACGUGAAAGAUUCAUGGGAUACCUUAAGCUAAUAGAUGACGCCGAAAAGGCAGGCAAUCCCCAUGCCAUGUAUAAGGUCAUCAGAUCCCUGGCACCCAAAAUGCCGCGCGUGAGACCAGCGAUUCGAGGCGAACAUGGAGAAUUCCUCACCGACGCAGGGGAGGUCAAAGCUGUGAAGGCUCACUUCCAAUCUGUGUGGAAGCUCCCGGCAGAAUGGGAGCACCCGGAGCUCAGUGAGCAGGUUGUGGCCUCAACCAGCGAAGACGCUUUCAGUUUUCAGGUCCCUACUCUAACCGAGAUCAUCUCUAAAAUUGAUUCCAUCCGCACCCACAAGGCUUUGCCAGAUGACAUGCCGCCAGCAGGCAUAUGGAAGAUGGUUGCACCGACCCUAGGUUGCGUGGCCUAUGCGGCAACAUGCGACUACUGGAAUCACAUUCAGUCCAAGGCUUUCCCCGCUCAGUGGUCCUACACCCAGGUCGUCCUUCUACCUAAACCGGGCAAGAUGCACGGUCAACCAAGCUCACUGCGCCCGAUUGGACUGCAGGAUCCAAUUGCAAAAUCCUAUGUCUCUAUCCUUGCCAGCAAGCUUCAGCCCUACGCUAAGCGCUAUCUUCGAGAUAUUCCGCAAUUUGCUUACCUGAGUCACCGGGAUGCUAUAGGAGCCCAAUACAGAGCCCUGAGGCACUGCAGAUUGGCUCGAGAACACACUCAACUACAAGUGACGAAUGUCCACCACAGGCGCGAGCAUGGACAGACGCGCAAAUUUGCAGCAGCUCUUCAGAUCUCCAUUGAUUUAACACAAGCUUUUGACUGCGCCCCAUGGCAGUUACUGCGUGAAUCGUUGCACCGAACAGUUUAA